AUGUUGUUGUUUGACCUCCCCUUGGAGAUCUACCAAGAGAUUCUCGAUUAUACUGUUAUCCAAUUGGGACACAAAUCGAUCCAACUUCGUCUAGUAAACCGGGCGUUCAACCAUGAAAUCCUGCUUGCACACGCCAGGAACAGAAUUCCGAAGGCAGAUUCCUGGACGCAAAACAGCCGCCUACACAAAGAUUUUCUGGUGUCCUACUUUCUUCAUCAGCGACGAGAUGAUAAAAACUCUGCAGGGACAGAUAUCAUAUCCCUGAUGAACCACUGGGUGGAUCGUCUUGCGCGGGGCUCGACCGAGGGUAGUGAGAGAGACGAGCGGCGUUAUCAAUACAUGAAGCUGCUUGUAUCACACGCAAAGCACGAUUUAAGCGACAUUGUUUUCGCGGCCCAGAGUGGCCCUAUUCAUUUCGAUCCGCUGUAUGAAUUUCUGUUUGCAGCGACGUAUAAUGGGGAUCUUGAACUUGUCAACCAGCUAUCACAGGAUACGCGCCGCAUCCGCCAGGAUGUCGAGUCGGGGCUGUUCGAAGAUCGACUUAUCGACGCAGCGAUCAAGUCUCUCGAUCCGAAGACUGUGGAGAUGCUUCUGCGGCGGGGCGCCAAGGUGCACCCAGAAGGGACAGAUGAUGAAAGCUGGCACUCCCCGGUGGUAGUCGCGGUUGAACACUGGAGUCCGAAUAUGCUCCAGCUCCUCCUCCUGCCCGAGUUCGGUCUCAGGACCUCUGGCCUGGCAUAUCAGCACGCAAUCACCAAGGCGAUGAGCUUGAAUCAGGCAGAUGUUCUGGCAAUGCUGCUGGAUCAUUACACCGCACCACUGUCUGAAUCGCGCUAUCUUAUGACGGAGGGCCUUCGAGAGGCUUGCAGAUUAGGGCUCAUUGACAUCAUCUGUCUUUUACUUGACAACGGAGCCGACGUCAAUGAGGGGCUCAACUUCACCGAGAAUCUUUACCAACCACGGCCGCUGGCAUAUGCCGGCUGGAAAGGCCAGGUGGAAGUAAUGCGUCUCCUACUGGAGAGGGGGGCGAGCAUCGAGGAGCAUGGCAACAGACGAUUUCAUGGCUCUCCUGGUGGUGAGGCAAUGCUCGCAGUAGCAUGGGGCGGCCACUACGGCGCGAUGCAGGUUCUUGUUGACGCUGGCCUCCGCCUAGGUAUGGCUAUGUGGAUUAGAGUAAUGUUUAUCCUGAGUUUCCAACCAGAAGCGGCGAAGCUCGCGAGAACGAUCCUUGAUGACGGACAUCUCCUUCUGAGUCUACUGCCAGGUCUCGACGACGACGGCGACUACAGUGAGGAUUUGGCGGACCUCGUGGCGCUGGCGUGCCGGCAUGGCAAUUUCGAAUUUCUCAAGGCAUUAUUUGACCACGGCGCGCCACUGAACGACGACGCCAUUUACACCCGGAGGAGAUAUCCGCCUCCCAUUGUGAUGGCAAUGUGCUGGCGCCAAGAUGCUCUUGUGGAGGCCUUGAGAACGAUUGGAGCAGACGAGGUUGAUCCCUUGCAAAGCAUCAUUGGAAAUCGCUUCCAGCAAGGGGACUUUCCUCGCGAUCCACCCUCUCCUCCUCCAUGCCAUGAGAGUUUUUCUGCUGCGGUCGGUUGA